GUCAUUAAUUGUUCACUUUUAUUGAAUUAGAUUUUAUUGAUUUCGCUGGGGGGAAAAAUGCCCCGCUAUUUGAAUAUAAUUUUUCCCCAAGUUAAAUAUAUGGUGAAUUAAUUUUGGGAAUAUUACUGUUUAAAGUUUGUCUUUACUAUUAAUUGCAUUGCAGAAAUAACCUACAGGAAAGAAAUGGCCUAUUAACUGGAGUAAAAAGUGUGACAAUAAUCCUCCCCGGUCCCUUUUUAUAUCUAAAGAUAGCACUGAAAAUAUAUGUUGAUUGCAUUUCGUGUUACUGUAUUGUAAUGUUACAUUUCUGUACUUGACUUCCACAAUGAAUCGCAUGCGCGGCCGCUGCGCAGAGCUGAUGCGCUCGAGGCCCCCUGACAGCUGAAGGUUCUCCGCGAUGACGGACACUCCGAUGGCCCAUCAUCAUCAUCAUCAUCUCCAGCAGCAGCAGCAUCAGCAUCCGCAUUCCUGAGCGCCGGACAGCAUCAACCUCCUCAUCCUCACCCGUCCUCCAUGCAGCAGAGCCACGCAGCGCCUGUCGCGUUUCUCGCCGUCCGCCCUCGCUCCUCCUCCGCCAUCCUCUGCGGCUGAAGCCGCUCCGUGUCCAUCACCUGCUCGCCGUGUCCCGUCUCCGUCCUCCCGCAGGAUGCUGUCCUACGCGGGGAUGCUCGCGCUGCUCCUCAUCCACGGGAACGUGAUGCUCCCGUAUGUAUCAUCUCAGAACGCUGGGUUUGUGAAGUCGCCAAUGUCAGAGAUAAAGCUCACAGGAGACGCCUUUGAGCUGUACUGCGAUGUGGUGGGUAACCCCGUGCCGGAGAUCCAGUGGUGGUAUGCCGAUAUUAACAGGGCGGACUCCUUCAAGCAGCUGUGGGAUGGCGCACGCAAGCGGCGGGUGUCCAUCAACACGGCGUUCGGUGCCAACGGUGUGAGCGUUCUGGCCAUCGCCCGCCUCACGCUGGAGGACGCCGGGAUCUAUGAGUGCAGGGCCAGCAACGACCCGCGCCGCAACGACCUCCGCCAAAACCCAGCCAUCACCUGGAUCCGAACGCAAGCCACCAUAUCCGUGCUGCAGAAGCCACGGAUCAAUGCUUCGGAUCAGGAGAUUUUGCAGCCUAAAAGCGGCCAGGAGUUGCCCAUCACUCUUCAAUGUAACCUCACUAACUCGCACAGCACCCACCGGGAGACCUUCUGGAUGAAGAACGGACUGGAGAUUGCCAACACCAGGACUGAGCACAGACACACCAAGUUCAAGUUAAGUAAACCCAGGACAGAUGAUUCGGGUGAAUACAUGUGCGUUUACACCUUUAAGUCGGCUCCCAAUGCCAAUGCUUCCAUUGAGGUCAAAGCUGCUCCUGAAAUCAUCGGCCAUAAACGAAGCGAGAACAAAAAAGAAGGAGAAAAUGCGACGCUGUACUGCAAAUCGGUGGGAUACCCGCAUCCUAUGUGGAUGUGGCGCAAGAAAGUGGGCCGGGGAUCUUACAAUGACAUUGACAACAGCACUGGCCGAUUCUUCGUCAUCAGCAAAGAGAAUUUCACAGAGCUGAGCAUCAUGGGUCUGGACAUCAGCACAGAUCCGGGCGAGUACGUCUGCAACGCCUCAAACAUCAUCGGCUCCAAAGAGUCCGCGACCAUCCUGCGAGUGCGGAGUCACCUCGCCCCGCUCUGGCCUUUCCUGGGCGUCCUAGCCGAGAUCAUCAUCCUCGUGGUCAUCAUUGUGGUUUACGAGAAGCGCAAGAGGCCAGACGAGGUUCCAGACGUUGAACCAAUAAAAACGAACUCUACAAACAACCACAAAGACAAACACGUACGACAGCGGUACACCAACUGAGCCCACGGACCGAUGUAGAAGAAAGCUGAAGAUGACCAACUGCAUAUCCUGACCAUACGGACGAAACCGAGGAGAGGAGACGCUCCUGGCGAUUUCCAGCGACGCAUAUCCUGCCUCACGUGGAGAAGAAAACAACAAUAACGACAGCAUUACACUGGCAGAAACGAACAAUAAAGACUGUCUCAAGUUUGCCUUAUUCAGGCUCGUGAUCUGUGUGAAUGUGGACGCUGACGAAUCAUUCUGAAGGUGAUGAUUUUACUACAUGUGCUGUUAACGUUGCAUUUCAUUAUUUUAUCAUGCCCUCCUGCUGCACUAAUUCUUUUUCAUAUCUACAUGUUGUCUCGAAUGCAUGCAAUAACAUAAUCGAAUAAGAUUCAGAUAUUGUUUUCUAUUGUUACUUUAAGUGGCGUUGCAUCCAAAUGAAUAGCUAGUGUGUGCGUGUGUGUGUGUGUGUGUGUGUGUGUG